CAGUUCUGCGAGUGGCUGAAGUCUCUGAUCCGGGACCGGAGAACCAUGUCGGUGACGGUGCUGCUGGGCCUGCUCUCCAUGGCGUGUUUGGGGGUGUCCUACAGCACGGCGCUGCCCACCCUCCUCAUCCCCUUCACCCUGUGGAUGGCCAGCUAAGGAACCAUUUGGACCUCUGUAGGUUCCUGACAGAGAACUAAUUCCUGGUGUGUAAGAAUCUAUCUUCUCCACAGACUGACUCCAUUAUUUAUACACGACUGCUGACCGACGGACCAAAGAUCCACUUCCAGCAGGUCCAUCCGGGUCAGGGUCUCCUUCACACAAGUCGUUGUUUGUUUGUUUGUUUUUAUUCUCGCCUGGUUUUAGCCAGAAACUUUUUUACAUGUUUUAUACUGAAGUUUUACAUUUUUUAAAAGAACAUCAUCAUUUAAAGACUAACGUUCAUGAGAACGUGGUCCAAUCAAAAGUUCCCUGAAAGUGGCCAAUCAGGAGAGAGUGUUUCAGGGAGGAGGGGCUUAAAGAGCUUAACAAGAGUGUUUUAUUCUGGAGGAGCCAGAGGAGUUACAAAAUAAGAUGCAGAAGAAGAAUAAAAAGAUCCAUUUGGGAGUGUUUUAUGUGUAAUGUUGUACGAUCUGCUGAGGUUCUGAAUGUGUGAGGAGCAGAAGUACCUGGAGCUCCUGUCUGAGGGAGAACAUGCUCUUUACUGGUGUGAUAUGAACUUCCUGAAGGAGAUGGAUGGACGUUCCCGCAGGAGAACUUUGGAGUUUGAUGGACGUUCCUGCAGGAAACGUUCAUCCGAUGGAUUCUGGUGUUUGUUUCAGAGCUGCUGCCUGCUGAAGCUCCGGUGUGAAUGUUUCUGUGUCUGUUUUUAUGUGUACAGAUUGGUUUCCAUGGUUAUGUUCUAUUUUUAUGUAAAUAAAUUAA